GGGGGCCGGGCAGGGGCAGCGGCUGGCGGCGGCACGGCAGCGACCGGCGGCGAUGGAGCAGCCGGUGCAGACCGAGAUGUGGAAGGCGCGGAGCCUGGAGGAGCUGGUCCGCAUCCUCCACCAGAUAUUCGCCGAGGACAAAGUCAGCGUGGAGGAGGUGCAGGCGCUGAUGGAGUCAUACGAGAGCAAUCCCGAGGAGUGGCUGAAAUACGCCAAAUUCGACCAGUACAGGUAUACAAGAAAUCUUGUGGACAGUGGAAAUGGAAAGUUCAACUUGAUGAUCUUGUGCUGGGGUGAAGGGCAUGGCAGCAGCAUCCAUGAUCACACUGACUCACACUGCUUUAUGAAGAUCCUCCAGGGAAAUCUAAAGGAGACUCUGUUUGAAUGGCCUGAGAAAAAAGGGAAUGGUGAAAUGACUAAGAAAUCAGAACGUGUUUUGAGGGAAAAUCAAUGUGCCUACAUUAAUGACUCUAUCGGCCUGCACCGCGUGGAGAACAUAAGCCACACGGAGACUGCCGUUAGCCUGCACUUGUACAGCCCACCCUAUGACACCUGUAACACCUUUGAUCAGAGGACUGGACACAAGCACAAAGUCACAAUGACCUUCUACAGCCAGUAUGGGGAAAGGACUGUCUGUGCAACAGCAGUGCCACAGGAGAACAACUGAGAAGCACCAGCAUGCAUUUGCCUAAGACCUGCUGAAUCUUUAACCAGGGACAGAAGACUUGCAUGGCUAAGGUCGACAGCCAGAUAUAUUUUGAUACCUUGUACCUUGAAGAGUACAGUAGGGCAGCUUCCAGGCCACCUGCAGUUUCCUUGAGCAAAUGCCAAUUAUGGGACACUAAGCUCACUAGUGCCAUAACCUACUUCAGCGGUUAGAUGCCUUGUCUUAGGCUUCUGUCAGAAUUUAGUAGUUUGUUUUCUAAUUCUAGCCUCUUUUUAACUGCACUUUUGAUAUCACACUGAGAAUAUCAGAAAUAGGAUUUUUAAACAUCAUCUGACACUUCUCAAUAGACCUAUGGGUAUGUGUGCUCUCAAUGUAAUUAGUAACUAUAUAAACUUCUAAGCUUCCAGUCACUUGUACCUAUGUACACUAGAUACAACUAACAGCAGCUUUAUUUUAAUCAAGUCUUUUAUGUUUUAAUGCUCUAAACCAUCUUGAUAGUUUUGUGUGUUUUUUAUUUUUAUUUUUUACAAUUUAAUUUUCAGAUCUUGUUUUAAAUAGGAGCAGAGAAGUGCUUCAUGCACAAUGAUUUUCAAAUUGAUUGCACAGAGAUUUUCUUUUAACAAGACUAAUCAUACUUAUUUCAGCUAAUGUCCAGUUCCCAAAGUAUUCUGUAUAGUUAAUGAAGAAGAAAACUGAAAUAAAACUGGAUUUGAAACAAA